UCAAUCCCCAUCUCCCAAUUCAUCCCACCACCACCACCCCGCCACUUUCCCCCCUUGGUGUACAUACGAAAAACUCUGUUUUCUGAGUUGAGUGAUCCUUAGGCUCACAGAAUCAGUCCCGGUUUUCUCAAUCCCUCUUCUACGGGCACAGCUGAGAAGGCGGUUUGUUUAGGCAGGAAGGAUUACAACUCCCAGAGUGCCCCUGUGCGGUUGUCAGGAGCAACCACGGAAUGCAGACUAACAGAGCCGCUGGACUCAGGACUAUCCAGCCAGCCAUGGGCCAGGAUUAUUACUCUGUGCUCCAGAUCACUCGCAAUUCAGAAGAUGCCCAGAUCAAGCAUGCGUACCGGAAACUUGCCCUUAAGAACCACCCGUUGAGGUCCACUGAGCCAUCCGCAGCGGAGGCAUUCAGGCAGAUAGCAGAGGCCUACGAUGUGCUGAGCGACCCUGUGAAAAGAGGCAUCUAUGACAAGUUCGGAGAGGAAGGCCUGAAGGGCGGAAUUCCUGUGGAGUUUGGAUCGCAGACCCCGUGGACAACUGGUUACGUCUUCCACGGCAACCCGGAAAAGGUUUUCCAUGAGUUCUUCGGGGGAGAUAACCCCUUUAAUGAGUUUUUUGAUGCAGAAGGAAAUGAGGUAGACUUGAAUUUUGGGGGACUCCGGGGCCGAGGGGUCAAGAAACAGGACCCCCCAAUCGAACGAGACUUCUAUCUAUCCCUGGAGGACUUAUUCUUUGGCUGCACCAAGAAAAUUAAGAUCUCCCGAAGGGUGCUGAAUGAGGAUGGGUACUUCUCUACCAUCAUGGACAAGAUCCUCACGAUUGACGUGAAGCCUGGUUGGAGGCAGGGCACACGUAUCACCUUCGAGAAGGAAGGGGACCAGGGUCCCAACAUCAUCCCAGCCGAUAUCAUCUUCAUCGUAAAGGAGAAGCUACACCCUCGCUUCCGCAGGGAGAACGACAACCUCAUUUUUGUGAACUCCAUCCCCUUGGGCAAGGCUCUGACCUGCUGCACCGUGGAGGUGAAGACCCUAGAUGACCGUCUGCUCAAAAUCCCCAUCAAUGACAUCGUCCAGGCUGUGGAAACCAGAGGAGUGAAGCAGACUCUGCCCUGAGGUAGGACCCAGGUGGAGAGGUGGCGGUAGGUGCCCUGUUCUGAGAGCAAGCAAGUGGGUGAGGGCCUGCCUUGUGAAACUCUGGUGCUCCAGCUGUCCUCUAGGGCAGCAGCAAGGCCUGCUCUUAACCUUUUCCUCAUGGUGAGACUCUCAGGCCUGUGAGAGCCAUUUAUGAGAUUGUUGUUAUUACCUCAGUGUGGCCUUCAGUGCUACUUUGUGUCAGGUAUUUUAUAGGCAUUAAGGGUUGAGGAGUUACUGAGGCCUCCUGGUAUGCUGUCCAGUGGUUCCUCCCACCUUUCCCAGCCCCUCAUUGUCUCAAGGUCAUGCCUAGAACCGUGAUGAAGUCUGGUGGCCUCAUGUCCAUGCCAGUGUCUGAAACACAAGGCUGGUGAAUGAGCCAGCUGACAAUGCCUAAGGCAACAAAUUGCCCCUCAGUUUCCUCUGGUGCAAAACAAAUCCUGCCUCAGAGGAUUAAUGUGAGAAUUAAGGUGCAUUAAGUACACUGACCGGGUCCUCCACUUAUGCCGACUCCCUGCCACCUUCACCCUGGCUUGACUCCUGCACCCAACCCUGUCCCUCUUGGGGACUAUGAGACCUCAGCUCAAAAGUAAGGUGAGGUUGUAAAUCAACUAUACUUCAAUAAAAAUAAAAAGUAAGGUGAGGAGUCCUGGACCCUCUUUCCUUCUCUACAACUCUAAUAUCCUGGACCCCUUGCCCAAGCACUGAAGGGCCCAGCCUCCUGCUCUGACCAGUGGGGAAGGCACAGUAGCACCAGCUGACUUAAACAGGAAGGUCACGUUCUCUGGGCUUGGCUCCACAGCUGCCCAACAGGAUUCCUGAAGGACCCCAGCCCCUAGGGGAAAAGUGCACAGGGGGAGGGCGGAAUCUGAGUCCUAGUCCCAGUUCAGCGGCUG